GCGCCUGACCCUGAUCCUGCAUCUGGAGUCCUCAGCAUGAAGUACAUCAUCGAGCAUUUCGAGGAGGGUCUCGAGGAGUGGUGCGAGCUCGAAUACAGCCAUAUGCUCAGCUAUGUCGGCGAAGGCAACCUGAUCUUGUCGAACAUGCACCAGAGUGUGCUCGAUAAUCUGCCGACCAAGCUCGAGGGCGUCGUUGUGACCGGCAAAUCUGUUCUGGAAAUCGAGGGUGUCACCAUCGACAACUGCAUCCUGCUUGAUCCGGCUGCGAAGGAGCCUCUGAGCCCGUCGGACGCCGAAAACUGCAAGUUCUUGCUCUUUGGCGGUAUUUUGGGCGACGAUCCCCCGCGCGAUCGUACCAAGGAGCUGCGAGUCAUGGGCUUCAAGGGACGCCAUUUGGGCCCGGUCCAGAUGACCACCGAUACGGCCGUGAUGACCUCCCAGCAUGUUCUCGAGAAGGGCAUCCCGCUGGACGAGCUCAAGUUCAUCGACCAUCCCGAGAUUGUGCUCUCGAAGCGCGAAACUGUCCAGAUGCCGUUCCGGUAUCUGCUCAAUAGCGAGGGCAAGAUGAUCAUGCCGCCCGGGUUCAAGAAGCUCCUGCGAAAGGGCAACGAUAUCGACAUCACCACGAUGCUGUAGAUUAGCCAUGGCUUUGAUCUGUUGCUGGUGCUGUCGCUCGAGUCGCCGGGGGGGGUUACUGCACCCAAUAUAAAUCACGCCGACGACUGAAUAGCAGCA